GGAAUACGCUCCGCGCAGCGCAGAUCUGACAACCUGCCGAUGGGCUAAUCGCCGCUCCGUGAGCCCGGCAGAUGAUUUAACACGCAGCCGUGAGCGUGUUUGACUGUUGCGAAACAACCUUCCUGCCCCACUGACAGCAGACAUGGCCGACAAGACACCGACGGAGUCCAAGGCUCCCUUUGCGACCAGGAUAGACCCGACUAAAGAGGGUCUUUCCCAGGAACAGAUCAACUUCAUCCGGCAGGUCGAGCUCCAGCAGUGGCAGAAGAAAACACAGAAGCUGCGGACACGAAACGUGGUGACGGGACUCGCCAUCGGAGCUCUCGUUAUGGGAAUCUACGGCUACACGUUUUUCUCAGUCUCCCAGGAGCGGAUAAUGGAUGAAAUCGAUGAGGAGGCCAAGCGUGCGAGAUUGCAGGGGCCGAAGACGGGUGCCAACUGAGACGCCUGUUGUUGGACUGUGUGUCUGUCCUGCACUUCACUGAGGAGGGACUUCUGUGGACACUGGUGCCACUGAUGUAUAUUCCACGGCUGGUUGCUGUUCGCAUGUCGGAACAGCGCUGGACUUUUUUUCUUGAUUGUGAAGGUUAAAUUGUGUGGUUCCACUGGUGACUCAUAACUAUAUGUGUCUUGAUUUUGAUUAAGUUCGCCUGUCAGCGAAAAAAAGAGUAAUCCGCUGACCUUAAACACUACGCAGAAGGUCCCGACUGUAGAAUGAUUACAACCCUUACCUGACAAGUUUGUAGCUCUGAUGAUGUGAUGGAGAAUAUCUCACAUUUCACUUCUCUAAUGAUGUUAAGUCUACAGUGGCCUUUUAACAGCAGAGUGCUGAAAUGACACAUGGAUCAACCUGUUGAAGCAUAUUUAUGUGGAUAAAGUAAUAACUUGUAAAAUAAAGAUCUAAUGUAUUUGCUUUUUUAACA